AUGCCUAGCUCACACAAUGACUUGAAUGUGUGGGACAGAUCGCCUUUGUUUUCUGAUCUUGUUCAAGGACAUAGUUACGAUAUGGGUUAUUACCUUGCUGAUGGUAUAUAUCCUCAAUGGGCAACACUGGUUCAAACAAUUUCUUCUCCCCAAGGAGAAAAGAAACAACAUUUUGCAAUGAUGCAAGAGUCUGCUAGGAAAGAUGUAGAGCGGGCAUUCGGAGUGCUUCAAUCUCGAUUCGCAAUUAUAGGUGGUGCUGUACGUUUUUGGGAUCUGAAAAUGCUUGCCAACAUAAUGAAGAGUUGCAUUAUAUUACAUAAUAUGAUUGUCGAAGAUGAGAGGGAGGAGCACCUUGAUUUUGAUUAUGAAGUUUCAUCAACCAACGCACCAGUGCAACUUUCCUCUACUCCUACGAAUGACUUCUAA